GAUACUAACGUUACUUGAGCUUGACUUUGCUGUCCCUGACUGUCCCCUGACUGUUUCGCAAAGAGAAAGCAGCAACCAUGCCGCCAAAACUAUCGCUAGCUAUAGCGGUUGACCCAGAGCCGUCUCAAAAUAAUAAAGACAACAUGGCAAGCAUUCGCAUGAGCGACGACGCGCUGACGGUCCUCACGCAGUCCUACAACCCCGUGUCCUUCACCACGGAGGGCAUGCGGAAGAAUGACGGGCUCUUCUAUAAGAUCUCGGAAAAAGAUAUCCGCAUUCUUAAGAAGCUGGGCCAAGGCGCCAGCAGCAUCGUGCACAAAGGCUUCUUCAUCCGAGAGAACAAGUUCGUGGCCGUCAAAAAGAUUAACGUGUUCGAGCGGGAUACUCGGCACCAGAUGCUAAACGACUUGAAGGCGCUGUGUGACGCGCCCAACAACGUGCCUGGCUUGGUGUCCUUCUACGGCGCCUACCACGUGCCAGAGAGCGGUCAGAUCUCCAUUGUGCUCGAGUAUGUGGACGGCGGCUCUCUGGCGGACGUGCAGGCCAAGGUGGGCAAGAUCCCCGAGAACGUGCUGUCCAAGAUGACAGCCAAGAUCCUGCGGGCGCUGGCGUACCUGCACCGCGAGAAGCACAUGGUCCACCGCGACAUCAAGCCGGCAAAUAUCCUGAUGACCAUCAGCGGUGAGCCCAAGAUUACGGACUUCGGCAUCAGCGCCUUUAUUGACUCCACACUGGCGCAGUGCAACACGUUCCUGGGCACGGUGACUUACAUGUCUCCUGAGCGCAUCAACAACCAAGCCUAUUCCUUCCCCGCCGACAUCUGGUCGCUGGGCCUGGCGCUGGUGGAGCUGGCCACGGGCCGCUACCCCUACGACGCCGGCGAGGGGCCACUGCAGCUCAUGAUCCAUGUGCUGCAAGAGGAUGCGCCGCUGCCACCCGCGGGCGAGUUUAGCGAGGAGUUCCGGGACUUUGUGCGCGUGUCGCUGCAGAAGGACCCGCACAAGCGGCCCAUGGCGGAGCAGCUGCUCACGCACCCAUUCAUCACCAAGUACGCUGCGGACCCGGUGAGCCUCAAGGCGUUUAUGCAGUGUGCCUUCAACCCACACGACAAGCUGGACGAGAUCGCCAUCGUGUUCGCCUUCAACUACUACGCCCUGCUCAACGCCGGCGUGCAGCGCCUGCGGGACCUGGCACCGCUGUACUCGCCCAAGUCGACGAUGCGCUACGACGGCGAGAUGGCGGUGGGGCGCGACGCCAUCAUUGCCAAGCUGCAGGCGGUGGCGCAGAUGCACGCGGGCUUCCGGGUGGUUCACGAGGUGGUGGACGUGCAGUGCCAACCGCUCGGCUUUGACGGAAGUGCGCUGGUCAAUGUGACGGGCCAACUGGUGUCACCGGCGGCUAGCAACAAGCCACAGCCCUUCAUGGAGGUGUUCGUUUUGAGCCAAAUUCAGGCGGGUGAGUACUACGUGGCCAACCAGUGCUUCCGGCUCCUCAAGCAGUGAGGGAGGCGGUGUAGGCGGCUAUGCAAGGAGCAUCAGGUCCACAAGCUGAUAGAAGCAUCUUACGAGGGUGUUGCGGCGGCGUAGCAAACUUGGAAUGUAGCGACGUGGGCAUAGGUCGCGUUUGACCAAAAGAUCUAGGCUUAGGUAUAGCCUGCAGUGAACUGCAGUGCUUUGUCCAAUCGGUCCGAUGCGAGGCCCGAUUGGGGUUAUGGGCUACUUACACCGUGGAUUUUGGAUCCGAAGCACACCGCAAGCAGUUGCCGCUGCUCAUCGCGCCUUUCUUCAAUCACUCAUGUGUGCGUGCAUCUUGAUUACACGGGCGACAAGCGGUAAUUGUCAAGCACUGCAUUUGCAUACCCUUGGCACAAGGAUCACUUGGGGACAACGUCGAAGCUGGAUUGGGAGUGUGUGUGCUGCAGCGUGUGUGUGCAGAGUCUGGAGGAAAGGUUGAUGCUGUCCUCCCCAGCCGUCCGGCCUAGGUCCGUGAUGUGAGGAGCUAUAUAGGAUGAUCCUGUCUUAGCGCUAGCCCUCUACACCGUCCUGAGUGGUUGUCUGUUCUAGGCGCAAACUCAACACAUUGCUUCGGCGUGUGGGGACGCGGCGUUGGCGAGAGUCUCCGCGGGAGCCACGGAUGGCCCUAAUACCGUGGGGGCAUGUCGCACCCGUGGGGGCACUGUAUGUGACCUUUCUGUCGUACUGUUACGUAUGGUACUG